GCCGCUCUGUAAUUUUUACAAUACGAAGCAUCUCUUUAUCCUACCAAGCUUCCCCCUUUGCGCUUUCUUUGUUUUGUUUGGGCAACCCAAUCAUGUACCGUCGCCUUGGCAGCAUUGUUCGUUUGGGCUCGAGUUCAGUUGUGGCCAGCAGUUUACCCUUGCACCAGCACAGAAACAGAUUUGCAUUUAAUAAAGCAACCCACGCGAGGCUUGUUCAUGACACGCGCUCAACACGUUUUCUGCGCGACGCACUGAAAAAGUAUGUUUCGAGUCGACGCAGUUUCUCCGCCGGUAGCAGCGCAGGGAUCUGUAAAUUUCAGCAAAACAUGGCAUGGUCGGUUGCGCACAGACGAAUAUGCAUGGAUGCAGCUCCCAGAGCAUGAACCAGCACUGAGGAAAUAUCUAGAGGAGGAGAACAAGUACGCGCGACAGGUGAUGAGGGGCACAGCCAGGCUGCAGCGACAGAUCGCAAAGGAGCUUCGUCAGGCAACGGAGGUGGAUCAAGUUCCGCCGCCGAUCGAAACCAGAAGCGGAGAUUUUAUUUACUACACCAGGCAAAGCGACAGCGGUUGUGUCGUGUAUUGCCGCCGCCCCGUUCAAAACGCAAGUGCAGCUGUGUCUGGAGACUGUAAGGAGCAGGUUCUGAUGGACUCUGAAAAGCUGGCAAAAAAGUUUGGCUAUGAGCUGCGCAAUCUGCUUGUAUCGGACGAUCACAAGACUGUAGCUUGUCUGGCCACCAAACACGAUGGUGGGCAUUCCAGCAAUUCCGAAUCCAGCAGCCUUCUGAUAUUUUCACUGGGCGGCAAUGGUGAAAUCAGCUUGCUAGAGGUGCUUGAGGAUAUAUUCAACUUUGUCUUUGGUUUGAAAGAUACUUUGUUUUACACUGUGCUCGACAGCAAGCUGCGCGCACACAAGGUGCUUGGUCAUCGCAUUGGAUGCCCGCAGUCAGAGGAUGUUUCCGUUUACGCCGAGUCAAACGACGAGUGUUUUGUCGAUAUUACUCGCACAAAGGACAAAAAGUUUCACAUUGUCAACAGCAGCACCCUGGACUCGUCGGAAUUGCAAAUUUUUCCAUCCAGCCAUGACUUUUGGCAGAUGCGCGGAACAGGCAAGAGUGGCAACAGCCCGCUGCAUUUGAUCCGCCCUCGGCAAAGAGGGAUAGAGUACUUUGUUGACCACCAUGAUGGCGAGUUUAUCGUGCUCACUAAUUCGCCGACGGAUGAUAACUCGAAAGCUCCGGUUUUGCAGCCCCUGCCAUUUAGACUAGUGCGGUCCCCAACUGCCCGUCCGUCGUCUCAAAAUUGGACAGAGCUGUUCAAUGUGGCCGAUAACGAGCGCAUCGAUGACGUGGAGAUUUUCCAAAAGUACAUUGUCGUCAGCAUCAAAAGGCAGGGCCGCCCAGCCGUAUUGGUGUAUAACAGAAUAUUGGACAGCCGCUCGGAACUCUCGCUUCCAUACGAUGGCAACUGCACCGUGCGUCCAACACCAAGCCCGCAGUUUGACGCAUCCACAGUCCGGCUUUGCUUCAGCUCCCCCGUGCAUUUAGACUCUGUUGUCGAAUACAACAUGAGCACUCUAGCAAAAUGUAAUUCAUGGACCACUACGCCACUACAUAUGAUCCCCAGCGAGUAUAUGGUUCGCCGAGUAACCGUGUCAAGCAGCGGUGGCCAGGAUGUACCAAUGACGCUGAUUCACCACGAAUCGGCGCUUUUGUCCCAAAAAUCGUCACCGGCACUGAUUCGCGUGUAUGGUGCUUACGGCGUACCUUUAGAACCCGAGUUUCGAUUGGAGGAUAUUCCGCUGUUGCGAAGAGGAUGGACAAUUGCAUUGGCACAUGUCAGAGGCGGCGGCGAAUUGGGAAGAGAAUGGUAUUCCAGUGGCAGGGGCCAGAAUAAGGUCAACUCAGUCAAUGAUCUGAUUGCAUGCGCGCAAUAUCUGCUGGACAAGGGCUGGUCGAGUGAAAACCAGCUUGCAAUUACUGGUGUCUCAGCAGGGGGGCUUGUUAUUGGCGCAGCACUGAACGCGCAGCCAACGUACUUUCGCGCAGCCGCUCUCCAUGUUCCUUUUGUGGAUCCACUCUCAGCCAUGCUUAGCCCCGAUCUGCCAUUGACCAGCGUUGAGACGACCGAAUGGGGGAACCCUCUGACUACCAUGGCUGAUUACACUUGCAUAGCUCAGUACGCGCCGUAUGACAACAUCAAGAACAUUGUUGUCGGAAACAAAAGGUCACCGUCGAUUUUAGUUACAGCUGGCGGCCAGGACCAGCGUGUUUCUGCAUGGCAACCUGCAAAGUGGGUGGCACGGCUGCGCAGCCGUGGUGGAUAUUCCGAGCCUGUUAGCCGCUCGGACUGCUCGGCAUCAAAGCUCAUAUUUUCUGCGGCAAUGGGGGCAGGGCAUUUCCAUUCUGCCAGAGACAAUGGCGACCAAGGUGAGCACAACGACGAUGGCAGCUACAUUAACACACAUGCCUUGCGCAAUGCAUUCUUAAUUUCUGAGACUAGUAAUUAAACGACAGUCAAAUUUACUUUAAAAAUAUUCAAUAAAUUAA